UCUCGUUCUCUUUGGACCAAUUCCAUUAUUCCAUCUCUCUUCUUAUUCUUCUUCGAAUAUACACGAGGGUGCGUCGCCGGUAGUCUAAUCUACACAACAUGGGCGGGUGCACGUCGAAGGAUACCACCUCGGCCGACGAUAAAAAAGAGAGCAAUAACAUGGUGGACCAAGCAGUAUUGGAUAAAUUGGAAGCUGGUUAUGCCAAGCUGGCCGCUUCCGACAGCAAAUCAUUAUUGAAGAAAUAUUUGACGAAGGAAAUCUUCGAUCAGCUGAAAACAAAGAAAACAUCCUUUGGUUCGACCCUAUUAGAUGUGAUCCAAUCUGGUUUAGAGAAUCAUGAUUCUGGCGUUGGUAUAUACGCUCCUGAUGCCGAGGCCUAUACCGUUUUUGCUGAUCUCUUUGAUCCGAUCAUCGAUGAUUAUCACGGUGGUUUCAAAAAGACCGAUAAGCAUCCUCCUAAGGACUUUGGGGAUGUCGAUUCUUUAGGAAACCUUGAUCCGACUGGCGAGUUCAUCGUUUCGACUCGUGUCAGAUGUGGACGUUCGUUGGAAGGCUACCCCUUUAAUCCUUGCUUAACCGAGGCUCAAUACAAAGAGAUGGAAGAAAAAGUAUCAAGCACUUUAUCCGGUUUGACCGACGAAUUGAAAGGAACUUUCUAUCCGUUGACCGGCAUGAGCAAAGAAGUUCAACAGAAACUUAUCGACGAUCAUUUCCUCUUUAAAGAGGGCGACCGUUUCCUUCAAGCAGCCAAUGCUUGCCGUUUCUGGCCAACUGGUCGUGGAAUUUUCCAUAAUGACACCAAGACCUUCCUUGUUUGGUGCAACGAAGAGGAUCAUCUUCGUAUUAUCUCGAUGCAGAUGGGUGGUGAUCUUGGACAGGUAUAUCGACGUCUGGUUACUGGCGUUAACGAAAUCGAAAAACGACUUCCAUUCUCUCAUAACGAUCGUUUUGGAUUCUUAACAUUCUGCCCGACGAAUCUUGGUACGACGGUACGUGCAUCUGUACACAUCAAAGUACCCAAGUUGGCAGCUAAUAAGGAGAAACUUGAACAAGUUGCCGCUCAAUACAAUCUUCAAGUACGCGGUACCCGCGGUGAGCACACCGAGGCUGAGGGUGGUAUUUAUGAUAUUUCUAACAAGCGUCGUCUUGGAUUGACCGAAUAUCAAGCUGUCAAGGAGAUGCACGAUGGCAUUGCCGAAUUGAUCAAGAUUGAAAAGGAGCUUUAAAUAAAUUAAAGCGAAAGGAAAAAUAAAAGAAAGAAGGGAAAGAGAAAAAAAAGAAAAGAAAAAUAAAGAAACACAUCCACAAGAAGAAGAUAUACUCCUCUCUACGUGAUGAUGGAUAUCUAUAUAUAUAUUAUAUAUUUUCCAGUGUUUUGAAUUAUUAUUAUUAUUAUUAUUAUUAUUAUUACUAUUACUAUUAUUAUUAUUAUUAUUAUUAUUUUCUUUUUUUUCUUCCUUUGUUUUUUUAUUUCUCUCAUUACUUAUUCCAAUGCAAAAGCAAUUCCUGCUGAGCUUCUUCUCUGCUGCUCCUUUUAAUUCUUUCUCUCUCUCAGUCACUCAGUCACUCACUUUCUCUCUCGCUCGCAUCUCAUUUUUGUUUUAUUAUAAUUCUUUUUUUUUUUUCCUUGUUGAUCUUUGUCACCAUUCAUACACUUUUUUUUUUUUUUUUUUUUUUUAUUAGUAACAAACACAAUUAUUAAAAGCAUGAGUCAAGAUUUAGGAGCGUUUCAAAAAAACGCGCAUGUUCCAGCUAGCGCUUUUGCAGUAGAUACUCACAUUACCAGGUUGUACCGAUGAUGAUAACGAUGAUGAUGAUGAAUAAUGAUGAUGAUGAUGAUAAUGAUGGUGACGAUGAUGAUAAUGAUAAUGAUGAUUAUGGGAGAUAUAAGGUUGAUGAAGAAGGUGAAUUUCAAAUCACAAAUAAAGAAACAUACACAUUUUA